CAACCCAAAUUGAUUUUCUGCUUGCACAACUUUGAAAAAACCCUCCUCGGUGGUGUAUCCUCCUCUGGUUCUGAGAGACACCCACACCCCAAUAUGCUCCGGAGACACCUGAUUUUCAAGCUUAUCUCCACUUUCCGUCCUCCAAGAUCAGCUUGUAUCCAUGAAAGGUGUUACAUUUUCUCCAAUCCUCUAUGCACCAUUGCAGAAUCAUCGCCUUCAGCUGGGGCAGGCUCUGUCGCCGAGUCACCUGAGGUUCCGACUUGGUUCAAUAAACAGAAGGCGGACAGCACCGACUCUGAUGAAGAUUUCGUUAUCCCUUCACUUGCUAGCUGGGUUGAGAGCCAUAAGCUCGAUGAUCACACCAAGGUUGUGCUGUUCCCAGCUGACGAAGGGGAUACGGACGUUAAUAAAGUUUGUAAAAUCCUCAAGAAUCGGUAUCCAUCGUAUAACAAAGUUGUUGAAGAGCUAAACGGGAUUGAUGUACGGGUCUCAAACAGCUUAAUAGAGCAACUUUUGAAGAGGUUUGACAAUGAUUGGAUGUCAGCUUCUGUUGUUUUCACUUGGGCAAAAUCACAAACAGGUUAUGGGCAUACACCCGAGCUGUUUGAUACCAUGGUCGAUAUAUUAGGAAAGGCAAAGAAGUUUAGUAUAAUGUGGGAUUUGGUUAAGGAAAUGCAGCAGUUAAAGGGAUAUGUUACGUUGGCUACAAUGAGUAAGGUUAUGCGGAGGUUAGCUAGAGAUGGAAGGUAUAGUGACGCUAUUGAAGCCUUUCGAGGGUUAGAGCAAUUUGGUAUUAGCCAGAAUGCUGAGGCAAUGAAUCAAUUAAUGGAUGCGUUGGUUAAGGGGGACAGUGUUGAGCAUGCUUAUCAAGUGUUUACUGAGUUCAAGGAACUGAUACCUCCAACUUCAGUUUGCUUCAACAUUUUGAUACAUGGUUUUUGCAGAGCUCGGAAGCUAGAAGAUGCUUGGAAGAUAAUGGAUGAGAUGGAGAAACAUGGGUAUCAACCAGAUGUUACUUCUUAUACAUGCUUUAUUGAGUCUUACUGUCGUGAAAAGAAUUUUCGCAAAGUUGAUGAUGUUUUGGAUGAAAUGCAGAGGAAGGGUUGCAAGCCGAAUGUUGUGGCUUGCACUAUUAUUAUGAAAGCUCGAGGGAAGGCACACCAGAUUACUCAAGCAUUGGAGGUUUAUGAGAAGAUGAAGUGUAAUGGUUGUUUACCAGAUGGGCCAUUUUAUAGGUCAGCUAUUGUCAUGCUGAGCAAGGCUGGUAGACUUAAGGAUGCGCGUGAAAUAUUUGAAGACAUGAAAGUGCAAGGACUCAGGCCAGAUGUGCAGGCAUAUACUGCCAUGAUUUCUUCACUUUGUGAACAUUCGCAAGAAGAGGAUGCAUUGAAGUUGCUAAAAAAAAUGGAAGAGGAUUUGUGCAAGCCAGAUCUUUAUACUUACGCCCCUUUACUGAAAAUGUGCUGCAGGAAGAAGAGGAUGAAGGUACUGAACUUUUUAUUAAGCCACAUGUUAAAGAAUGACCUGAGUAUUGAUCUUGGAACCUAUGCUCUUCUGGUGAAAGGGCUUUGUAAUAGUGGGAAACUAGAGCAUGCUUCUUCAUUCUUCAAAGAAAUGGUGAUGAAAGGAAUGGUUCCCCAUGAUUCGACAUACAAGAUGCUGGUUAAAGAACUUGGUGAAAAGAACAUGACAGAAGCAAAGCAGACUAUUGAAAAUUUGAUGCGCCAGGCAAAGGAGCAAAACAUAGUCCUUGCUGCAUAAAUGCUUUCUUUGAGUUGAUAAAAUGCAAGCCCUUUGUAAUGUCUAGAACUGAGUAGAAAGGUCAACAGUCUUUCUAUUAGAUAACAUCUUUUCAUUUUCUAUGCGGUCUUAACUCUUCACAUCUCUUCCCUUAUUCCUCUCCUUCUCCAGUCGUGGCCUUUUAGCUGGGUCAAUCUACUCUGCAUGUUUGGCCAGCUGUCCCUGGAAACUGUUG